AUGGCGACCCCACGACCCCGCGACUACGCCUCGGCCCUCGCGCACCUCAACCUCCUCAUCCCCAACCGCUCCAUCACCGCCCGCCUCGCCGCCCAGGCCCCCUCUGGCCCGGACCCGAACCUCCUCGCCAUCCCCGAGAUGCUCGACUCCCCUCGCCCGCACAGGCCUGACGCCCGCCUCCCUGCAGCCGCUCCGGCGUCGUGCACGUCGCCGGCACAAAAGGGCAAGGGCUCCGUCAAGCGCCAAGAGCAAAUACCCUUGGGCGGCGCGCCCCUGUACGAGACCGAACUUUUGCGCGCUACUUAUUUCGACGUCUGGGACCGCUUCACGGCGAGCGCGCGGGCCCGCGGCGAGCCGGACGCCGACGGCCCGGCCUCGAAGCCCUUCUACUUUCGCUUCCUCACCGUCAUGGCCUUUCACGUCUUCCUCGGCGAGGCGUGCCGCAGCGUCGUGCUCGAGGUCGGCAUCGGCGGCGCCUACGACGCCACGAACGUCGUGCCCGCCGAGAGCGUCACGGCUGCCGUCGUGAUGAGGCUCGGCGUCGAUCACGUGGGCAUGCUCGGCGGCAUGAGGGAGGAGAUUGCGUGGCACAAGGCGGGCAUCAUGAAGAAGGGGCGGCCGGCGUUCACGAGGCUCGUCGAGGAACGGCCCUCGGUCAUGGCCGUCUUGAGAGAGAGGGCUGUGGCGCUGGAGUGCAGCGAGCUCGUCGAGGUGAAGGACGCCGACGUCGAGGCCUGGGGCGGCGUCGAGAGCGGGCUGCGGGGCGAGUUUCAGAGGUAUAACCAGGCGCUGGCGGCGCUGGCGGCCGAGGAGCACCUCUGCGCGCUCGAGGGUCGCACGUCGGCGAGGAAGCUGUCAGACGUGAGGCCGAGCGUGCUGGAGGCUCUCAAGAGUGCCUCUCUGAGAGGCCGCCACGAGAAGAAGAGCGAUGCGGAGCGGGGCAUCAGCUGGCUUCUCGACGGUGCGCACACGACUGACAGCCUUGAGGAGACGGCCAAGUGGCUCGCCGCUGAGAGACAGAAGCAGCCCAAGGCGGGCAUCGUGCUGCUAUUCAAUCAGCAGGAGCGUGAGGCAAGCGAGCUGCUGCUUCACUUCCUGGCGACUUUGCGCAAAGAGAUUGGCGAUGCCGACGACAGACUAUUCAAGGCUGCCGUCUUGUCGCGAAACGACGCGAAGAGCGACGAGGGAGCUCCCGAUGCUGACAUUACUGUGCAAGAAAGCUGCCGCGAGGCCUUUGCGUCAGUAUAUCCAAGUGUACCAACACACAUCACGCAGAACCUCACAUCAGCCAUUGAACACAUUCGUGGGUUCAGCACACCAGGCGACAAGACGGAGCAACAGACGGUGUUGGUGACGGGCAGCAUGCACCUCGUCGGGGGUGUCAUUGGGCUGCUGGAGCCGGAAGGUCUAAAAUAA